AAUAAUGGCAAGCUACUUUGGAGAAGUAAUACAACCUAGUUCAAGGGCUUUUUGGAACGAUGAUGAUGAUGACGAAAUUAUUGACAGUAAUCAAGAAAAUAGAGGAUUCGUAAUUAAAUGGCUUGAAGAAGAACCAUCAUUUUUCGAAAAAUUGUUGGUUAUUGAAGGAGAAAUGAUGACUGACUUUGCAACUAAUUGCCUAUUUGAAAGCACUACCCGCUGUAUUUGCACCAUAGGUUGUGAAUCUGACAAGUACUUUACAAAAGUGUAUCAAGUUGGAGAUCUAUGCAUUUGUGUUAUUGGUAUAAAGCUCGAUUUGGCACUUACUGGACAGUUGUCUUCAGCUAUGAUCCCAUUGUUAAACAAAGCAAGGCAUUUAAUUUUACUUUUGGCAGAGCAUGUAUCGCGUUUUAAAAGUGAAGUAGACAACAGUUCAGAAUCUUUUUUGAAGUCGUUAUGCUCUCAAAAAGCAAGAAUGGACAAAAAUCUCAAAACUCCUCCAUUGAAUCAGCCAAACAUUGUUUCAGGCGUGUGUGCUGGAGUGUUGUCUUAUGCAGAAAUAGCUGAUUUGCAUUGCAUUAUGUAUAUACUUUACACAGAUACGUUUACAUUGGACUCCAAAAAUUCGUUACCACUUGCAAAAUUAUUUUCGGAAACAUUUGGUAAAUCAAUUUCCAAAUUUUCAGCUGGAGAUACAAGUUGCUUCAAUAAAGGAAAUUUGUACAUGUAACA